AUUUUCUACACGCCAAAAACAGAGAGAAAAAAAUAGUUUUCUCCACCAAGUCGCUUCGCCCCGUUCUCCCCCAAUCAUUACCAUACUAUUUCAAUUUGUGUCCUUAUAUAAAGCCACCCUUUCAACCCCAUGCCAGUACAGAAGCUUUCGCCAUAGACUCAACCCAUGGAAAGGAACAUUUGAAGUCACAAACAUGAUUUUCAAUUUUAAAUUGUUAUUUUUCGUUCUUUCUCUGUUUUGUGCGCUUGCAACGGCCGUGGACGACUUGAAGGAUGACGUGGACCGAGGCGCCAGCGACCGCGGCACCCUCUGGUUUGGCCCGCGACUCGGCAAGCGCUCCUUGAGGAUAUCAAAUGACGACAACAAGCAAACUUUUUUGAGGCUUCUUGAAGCUGCCGACGCCUUGAAAUUCUACUACGAUCAGCUCCCCUUCUACGAAAACCAGGCCGACGAUCCGGAGACCCGUGUGACAAAAAAGGUAGUCUUCACUCCGAAACUCGGUCGCAGCAUCGACGUCUACCCUGAAAAACGCACUUUCGAGAACGUAGAAUUCACGCCGCGACUGGGCAGAAGGUUGCCUGAGAAAGUGCCUGUCACGCCAUCGGAUUCCCAUGACGAAGUGUAUAGUUUCAAACCAGACAUGGAAGAGAUCAUUUCCCGGCACAACUACUUCUCACCGCGACUCGGCAGAACCCUCAACUUCUCUCCUAGACUGGGGAGGGAACUAGAAGCUUCGUAUGACAUUUACCCAGAGAAGAUACGGCUAGCACGAAGCGCUAACUUGACGAAAACAUAACGCGAUGACCUUUACUAUAAAUCUUUACCGUUUUAACUGAUGUUUGACGAUACCUCUGUAAUUUUAAUACGAUAUUGUUUAUGAAAGGGUAGUUUUUAAAUAACGAUGCCAUUUUGUAUAUGAAGAAUGGACCAAAGACUUUUAAGCACGGAUUUUGAAAUGACACUCAUGCUCAAGAAAAAGUUGAAGCACGCUUUUGGUUCAAAAAUACUAUAAUAUUAACCAAUCAUAGGAUACAUGAUUGAGUUUCAAUCAGUGAGGUUUAUAGCUACUUACAUUAGUAAUCGGUAAAUAAAUGCAUCUAAAAAAGCACUCUAUCUAGGCAAGUUACUAAGGAUUUAUCAACGCUAAGACCGAAAGAGCGCUGAAGUCUAAAGUCUGGAUGAGGUAAGGAGAAAGAAUGCUGCAGAGUUUAGCCCAACCUUGGGCAAUGAAUGGGAUGAAGUGAAAUCAAGCUGAUGAAGUGGUUUGACUGCCAAAGGCACGUGAUCGUCACAAACUGUAUAGAUUCUGCAGUUUGCAGUUUGUUUCUAGUCCAUUCUAUUAUUGUCUGAAAAUAGGAGUCUUUAUAGGCUGGGGACUCCUAAGCUGUUUUAUCUUUUUGCGAACACUUAGAGCUUGUAGAUUUGUUUUUAAAUGGACUAGUCAUGCUAAAGUCUCGAUUCAAACUCAAGCAAAGAUUUAAUUUGAUUGUUUGAAAAGGCAAAAAGUUAAAAACCAAAGGCUGUCAUUUGUUCUUGAGCAAAGAUUCUAUGUUAGUGUCAUUUCAGAAUACUUGCCCCUGGCUCUUUUUCUUCUUCAAGCAGUCUAUUAAAAUUGAUCUCUUGGAUUCUUUCUACUUCUUAUUGACUCGUCUCACGCUCUAAGAGCUUUUUGAAAUGACCGUUUUUCAAAGUAGAUAGGUACUUAAUAGCAGAUCCGUCCAUCGAGUCGGUUUUCUUUCAUGCCCUAUCUUUUUUCAAUGAGGUUGCAAUACCAGACGUUUUUUUAAUGUCUCAGACUUAGGAUCCUUAAUAAUUGGAAAAUUAAUGUUUUUUUAUAUCAUGCCCUAUUUUUGUUUUAUGAGGUUGCAAUACCAACAAAAGUACCCUAGACUCUUUGUUCUUCGUAGACUAAAAAGGACUAAAGUAAAAACUAAAUUAACUUAUAACGGCGUCUUUCUAAAGUUAAGCGGUCAAAAAAAUUGCAUUAUUUUACAAUUUAUGACGUAAAAUGUAAAAAAAAUGGCCGCUUCAUACCUCAUUCUUAGAUUGUAACACAUUAAUGUUUUGGACGAUAUUAUUGUUAUAAAAUACGUAUACAUUAAACUAGAUUGUAAGCGAUAUUUAUGAGAAUUUAAU